AUGGAUACCGCGUCUCAGCCAAAGACAAUCAACCCUAAUUUUACGCUCUCCGCUCGACAAGAGCAACUUCUCUUUGCAGCUCUCACUUCCAACACCAAGGACUCCAAACCCACAGAAAGCCCUAGAACCAAGACCGACAACCAGUUCGCAAUGGCUCCCGACUCCUUCACCGAGUCGCCGCUGCAGGCUCCCGGUUCAGCAACCGUGAACGGCUUUGAGGAUAGCCCUUUUGUUGACUACGAUUACGAGUUUGAUGGAGAUGGAAGCUUCGACUAUGAUUUCAGCAACGACUCUCAAGGACAAAUGAUUGGAAACUUACCAGGAAGCUCGUCCGAUGGCGAUGCAGAUACACAUGAUAAGCGAAGCCAUCCUGAUGAUGACGGUGGUGAGGAUGAGGAAGGAGGUGGAAAACGUAGAGAAAGCGACGAGAAAUCAUCCAAGAAGCCCGGAAGAAAGCCUUUGACGUCCGAGCCUACUUCUAAGCGCAAAGCUCAGAACCGUGCCGCUCAACGAGCAUUCCGGGAGCGCAAGGAGAAGCACCUUAAGGAUCUAGAGUCAAAGGUUGAAGACCUUCAGAAGGCUUCAGAGUCUGCCAACCACGAAAAUAGCAUUCUACGUGCACAAGUAGACAAGAUGACAGUGGAGUUGGUCGAAUAUCGCAAGAGGGUCUCCACCAACGGAGGAAUCGCCCGGAACUCAUCCUUGAACAAUGGACUUCCACCAUACCUUGCCGGUAAGGGUCUGAAUGGAGGCCUGAACAAUCCCAACGACGUCAACUUUCAGUUUGAGUUUCCUAGAUUUGGCCGCCUUCCAGGCGCUCUUCCAGCUCAAACCUCUAUCCUCAAUGGCGCCAGACAAUCGGCUUCACCGACUGCUACAGCACAAAAGACCAAUUUGCCUAGUCCUACUGACAAGGACUCGGUCAGCCCGCGGAACCAGUCACUGCAGUACCCAGCAAGCAAUGGUUCAAAGGCUGGUUUGACCCAGUCGCCUCCUAAGCUUGACAACGGUGAUAUGUCUAGUCUUUCCGGUCUUUUCAGCCCCUCAAUACUUGAGACUGUGGGGAAGAGUCCGGAAUAUGAUUUCUUUGGCAACGCUAUCAAUACGUCGAAUGGUUCUAGAUCAAGCACAGAUUCCGCCAAUGGUAACGCGAGCACGGGGCACAAUACCUCAUACAGCUCACCCUCAGCAUCCUCAAAUUCAAACCAAGGUCCAAGCUCGUCUUGUGGUACCUCUCCUGAACCAGCUUCUAUGCAAUCACCAGUCUACAACAAACCUGCUGAUCCUACAUUGACUACAAUCGGAGAGGAACACUGUCUAAAUACUACGCUCGGCCCAGGUGAGCUCACCUUCUGCGACAAGCUCAACAUGGCUUGCGGCAAUCCAAACAAUCCCAUCCCCCGUACCCUGUCUGAACCUUCUCCAGGAAACCUUGAUACUCCUUCCCUCGACAUCAAUGGCAUCGACUGGUUCGCCCAACAGAAUGGCAACCAAUUCGACCCACAACUCUUCGGCGAUUACCGCGAGCCACAGGAGAACAUUCUCUCGGGUGACAACUUCGGAGACAGCUUCUUCACCGACGCCUUCGCCAUGCCUGACUUCACCAGUCCGUUCAACGCCGAACCAAGCCCUGCUGCAGCCAAGAAAGACCUCGUGGCGCAAAUUGACGAGAAGCAGAACGAAGACGACGAGGUUGUCCCUGGCGAGGAUACUUCUAAGCUGUUGAACUGUAACACCAUUUGGGAUCGUCUACAAUCAUGCCCCAAGGUUAAGGAAGGCGAGUUCGAUCUCGAUGUCCUAUGCAAGGAUCUACAAAAGAAAGCCAAGUGCUCCGAAACCGGCGCCGUGGUCAACGAGUCGGAUUUUAACAAGAUUAUGAAUUCGUACGUGGACAGCAACAAGGCUGGCAAGGCUGCUGGCAAGGCUGCUAGCAAGGUUUAG